AAAUAAAAGAAAAAUAAAUAGAAUUGAGUAACUGCAAUUGGAACCAUUAUUUUGUUGUUCUAACUACCGAAAAUGAACAUCACGAGCUUUAAAACGAUACCUACGUCUCUGUAUUUUGGAAGUGGCGGUUUUCCAGGGUUUACGAAGAAGAAAGCAAGAGCGAGUUGCAGUCGCAGAGACGAUGAUGGUCCUAUGACCUCUGCUUCGGCUUACGCCGUGCUUGGACUGAACCCUAACUGCUCCGCCGCUGAUAUGAAAGCUGCUUUUCGCGCCAAAGUAAAGGAGUUCCAUCCAGACCUCUACAAACACUCUAAUACAGCACACUCUGAUGCUAUGAUUCGCCGCGUAAUUGAAGCGUACCGGAUACUAUCCAACUGCACUCCAUCACAAUUAAUUGAAAGUGAAUGCUUGGAUCCCUUUGACACGCCAGAGUGUGAAGCUUUUGAUCUUUUUGUUGACCAGCUGCUUUGUGUUGGCAAAGCGUGUUCGAAUUCCUGUGUGAAAAGAGCACCUCAUGCUUUUACAUAUGCCUCUUCAACUGGAACAGCACGUGCAUCUUCUCAAGGUCACGGGGAUGAUUACCAAGUUCAAUGUGCUGUUGGACAAUGUCCUAGAAAUUGCAUACACUACGUAACCCCAUCACAAAGAAUUUUCUUGGAGGAGCUACUUGACAGUAUACUUGAAGCACCCUAUGAUACAUCAGCUGAGGCAGACUUGCUGUAUUCACUUAUAAAUAAAGCUAAGUUUGAAAAUAACCGAUAUAAAAAACCACAGAGGAAACCCAAAGCUUCAGGCCAAAAUGUCGAUUGGUUUUAAGAAUUUGGGUAGUAAUUUUGUCCAUAUACAGUCCCCAACCAAUAAGAUUGAGAUUGUUGGGUCAUGGUUUUACAACGCACUAACAAUGGCUGAAAUUAGAUUCUUGUAUAAGGCUUAUACCUUGUCUGAAACAUACUAGAAGAAUAUGAUACAUAGGGUGUGAUACAGCAUAUAUAACCGUUGCAAUGCAAACUGUCCAGUGUUCAUGUCUAAAA